GCUCACUUCAAAGAUGCAUCUUCGAUGGUCGUAUCUGUCGGUGUUAGUGUUGAUUGUUCUCUCGUGUCCAAAGUCGUCGGCGCAGCAGGAUGUGCCGAAGAGUAUGUCUCAGAGGAUACAACGGUGGAUGAUCGGCCGGAUGGGGCUCGGAGGACUGCCGAUGGCCUCGCCUCUCGGAUUAAACCCUCUAAGCAUAACCGGCAUGUCCGGUCUCGGUGGAUUUUUCGGAAUGUCUCCAAUGACCACUGGUCUAUUGACUCUGAUGGGUUACGGCAGGCCCCCUGCCGAGGCACAGGACCACCCCGUUUACGUUCCGGCACCCGCAAGGUACUCGAGUGCGGGACCUAGACCGGCACCUUCGGACCAAGCGCCGGUACGCUCCCCACCUCCCCGGCCGCCCCCACAUCCAUCGCACUAUUCGUCCGCCCACCACUACCCACCACCGCCUCCUCCAUCGCAUUAUGCACAUCCUCCGUCUCCGUACAGCUCUCAUCCUGGCUACUACCGCCAUUCCCGUCCCGUGCACUACCCUGUCGUCAUGCAUCAUGGCCCAUAUCUGCCAGGCGGCUCUGCGCCUCCAAGAUAUGUUUAUCGAGGACCUACGCCGAACGGGGGCUUCUAUAAGGGAGGUCGUAGUGGUGGUCGCACGAUGGCCUACGGUCAGCACUCCUUCGUUCACGGGAUCCCGAUCGCCAUUCCUCGAGGAAUAAUCAAGUCCCCGAUUGGGGGUCCGGUCGCCAUAAAGACCGUCGACGGCAUGAUGUUGGGACCGUUCUCGCGGCCAGUUCAUCUACACGGCAUGCCGACCGUGGGCCAGUUACCCGUCACCGCCGGAGAUAUUAGUUCCGGAGGCAUGCAUGAUUUCCUUGCCGACUCCGAUCUAAAUCUCAAGGAUAUGAUGGGAACUCAUGAGCCCGACACGGUGUUCCAAUCAAUGGACGAUGGGCUGGGCUCGGGAAUCAACGGCGAUUUCUUCUCGGAUGCAAUGAAAGAUUUCGAUCUCGGCUCAGACGUGGGUCACAUGGUGAUUGGAGACGACAUCAAGACUCUCGACAUGAAAGAUAAUAUCCUGGCAGCGGCUUCAACGUCUAUGAAGCAUAAGCAUCCCUUGCUGACGGGUGACGCUUUCAUCGUCAGCGAGUCCCGGCCCCAUGUCUCCACCCUGCAACCCCAGCGGACCCCGCACACGAAGGCGUCGAAUUCGGCGGUUGCGAAGUCCUCGUGAUCCCGUCAAUGGUGAAUCGUCGAGAAGGAAGUGUUCGUCUAGUCCUGAUAACCUAUUGUUAACUUAUGUUUUGAGUGCUGUAGCGUUUGCCGUUCCUGUUUGUGGGUCAUGGUCAAAGUAACUGACUGAGUGUCGUACAGCUCCUGCGAAUAUGCAUACAUCCGUGUUCGUCUUGGUUUUCUGUCGACGAGCUCGAGGUUGAGCAUGUGCCAAUCGGAUCAUUCGAGAUCGUGAAUAAGAGCGUGCAUGUGCUGGUGUACAUAUUGCUCAUCGUUUUGUACAGACCAAAGAAGAUGUAGCUCAACUCGUUGUAAAUAAA